CUGGGUGUAUUUUAUAGAUGGAACGCGCAGAUCUAUUUAGUUGUCGCGAGCUGAUGGCCCGAGGAAGAGCGUCCACCCGGAUUUAAGAUGGUCCGGGCAUGACAAAAUAUGGAUAUAGUGGCAGGCUCCAUUAAUACAACAGAUAAUACGAAAAAACGGAAAUCUCUCUCUUUAGUAAAUUCUUUCAAGAUGUUGUUCAGGUCCAAGCUCUCUUCAGACAGCAAAGAGGACAGUCACUGUGAUAAGAAUGGGAAUAUUACCCGAUCUAAAUCAUUUGCUCACAGUAGGCCAACGGUCGACGCCAGAUCUCAUCCACAACUGAGAAGAAGCAUGUCCACUCGCGCCUGUCCAGAUACCUCGUCUAAAAGGUGCGUCCCCUUGAGACCUUUAUUGACAGGUUCACCAGGCUGUGUCCCACAAAGAACCGCUGGCUCGAAGUCAGAAAGUGAUGACACGGGAGUCCACCAACAUAAAGAUGACAUUGGUUCUUCACAUCGAUCAUGUGCCUGGCAGCAACAUGUACCGCGAGACAGGCAAUUGCUGCCAAUCAUUGCCUCAUCUGAACCUUCGAUCGUGGAUCGGAAAAUCUCCAGUUCGUUUUUGGGGGCCUGCUCUGCCGCUGAUGGUGACAAUUCGCAAGAAUUGCAGCCCAGGCCAAGCAAUGAAGACGUUGGCAUCAAAUCAACAGUUUCGAAAGAGAUGAGCAGAAAAUUGCCUCUUACGAACUACCUGCCACACCUGAGCAAAUCUCGCUGCGACAAGUUCCACAAGCUCUUCAAACGGGUGCCGGAGGAUGAAGACCCGAUUGACUAUUAUUCGUGUGCAUUCAAAGGCGACAUUCUGCUGCAUGGCUUCCUGUACGUCUCGGCUAACUGGGUCUGCUUUUAUUCCAAGAUCAAGGGGCGUGGCAGAUUGCUGGAAAUCAACUUGGAGAAAGUUAUCAGCAUAACUCGUGAAAAGAUGGCUCUGUUUAUUCCAAAUGCUAUCGGCAUACAGACAGCUGACAAAAAGUAUGUGUUCGGAUCAUUCAUGUCGCGAGAUACUACAUUCCGUUUGUUGGUCAGUUUGUGGAGAUUGUCUCAAGAUUCACCUGAUUCAGUUGAGUCUAGCAUCAGCUCUGUUUCCGAGUCUGUGUACUUUGAGACUGUGACGAAGGUGAUGGAGAAGGGAAACCAUGCUCUGAUCUUGGACCACACACUAUCGACUCAGUCGGACAGCAUGGACGAUGACAGUGACUCCAGCAGCAUGUGUCUGCAGUGUGGGCCCAUUGACAUGGGCGACCGUGGGGACACUGUCAGUGACCGCACCGGACACAACUUCAACAAGUCAUGUAUCACGUCGCAGAACCUGGCCAAGGAACAGAGACCAUCGUUUUACUUUAUUCGCUGUCUGGACUUCAGAAAAAUAUGUGGCGCACUGUUUCACUUUGCUGUAAAGCUUCAAAAAAUACCACGAACAAGCUUGAUGCUGGCUGUUUGCAGUAUUUUAGUGUUUUUUCUGCUGAUUUCCGCUAUAUGCAUGACCUACAAGAUAUUGUUGAUACAAGCCAAGCUUGAAUUGAAAUCUGUGUGGUCACAUGGAUCGAGUUACAAUGACUACGUGAAGGGAAUGAUCUAUGCUCAAGAAGCUGGUACACAUGCCUCAGUGGUGAAUCAUCUUCAUUCUGUCCUCAAGUCCAACAUUCAGCUUCUAGAACAGAUUCAGUCAUCAUUACAGUCUCUGUACAGCAACUCUGGUUUAAAGACAUGCAGUGAGGUGGAUUGUCCGUAGGUCGAGAUGGGAAGAGUUUAAUUUGUAUUCCACGCAUUCAAACCAGCCAUACAUUAAAAAUGCUUGAAAUUUUACCAAAUAAUGGAAAGUUAGAUAAUUAGGCUUCCGAAAUUUUCAAAAAUAAUGGAAAGUUAGUUUCAUACUUCAGAAAAUUGCAAAAAUAAUACAUUUAUUUGUCCGGUACUCAUGAAAGUCUUAGUUGUACAUAAUCCUCUCUCUUUUUUUGGCACAUUAAAUUUGUAUACAUGAUUGUAACAGAUUGUCCAAAUUAAAAUCCGUUAGUGUAAAUCAAAUUUAUACAUAACAAAUUUAUGUGUCAAAUAAAUUUAUGCACAAACUUUAAAGGAACAUUCCUGAGUUUGCUGCAAUUUUAAAGAUUUUAUCGACUAACAGAGACUUUUUAACGAUUGUAAUUACAUAUCAAAUAAA